CGUGUGCUUCAGCUCAGUUUGUAUAAAAAACGCGCCGGACUCGGACACGUACGUUGUUCACCGCGGAUUAUUUAGAACAAACGCCUAGGCGAGCAAGGGAGCUUGCCUAAGAAAGUAAAGCUGAACUUAGAAAGCGGCAAGUUCAGCUCAGUUGUUUGUGCACUCAAUAGUAGAGAGUGGCAAAGUCAUGACUAAGGUUAGCAAGAGCAAGGAAAAGGAUAAGAGUGCCGUGGUUUCGCGGGGUCUAGCGAUUUAUUGACGAACGCCGCAAAUAUGAAAAGCAAAUAUUCUAAAUCGCUUUCUAAUACCAAAAAGCCGACAGUACCGAAAGGUAUGGCGAUGAGCGACAAGGCGAAAGGAUCAACAAAUGCAAAAGCCACCGUUGUAUUCGCAUUCGGUCAAGCGCAACAGGCAGUUGCCGCGAAAGAGACGACAAUAGAGGCGCAGGAGAACGCCGACGUCGGCAGCGACAGCGACGCGCGUAAACAACAACAACUACUGGUACAACAACAGCAGCAAAUACAGCGAGCUAAGGCAGCGACGCCGAAGCCGACGUCGUCGUCUUCGUCGUCGUUCUUGUCGUCGUUGUCGCCGCUUGCCACAGCGAAUUUAUCGUCGACACUUGAGUCGAAGGCUCAGCCAUCAGUUGCCAGUGAAACAGCGAAGCAAACGGUUACCCCGACCCAAGCAACCGCACCAACUACUACAACACGAGUGCCCGAAACAAUAACAACAACGAUCAGUGCGGCAGCGUCGAAUGAGUUUGUUUAUGAGCAGCAACAACAUCAACAGAUUUUAGGCAACAGUCCAAAUAAAAUUGUUGGAGACGAAACAGCAAAUUCGAGUAUCAAUAUUGAUCAAGUCGAGUCCAAAAUAGAGAACGAGUCAAAGCUAGAAACUACAGCAAAAACAUUAACUACGGCAGUACCAACUAGCGAUAAAUAUUACAAAAUCGUUGAUAAGUGUAAAAGUGAGAUAAGUGACGAAAGCACCGCAACAACGACAGCAACAAAUUUGCCGGUUGUAGUGAUAAAUAAUAAUCAGCAGAGUGACGCGAGUGAAAGUGUUGACAACAAAAUCAAAAGUGAAGCAAAUGAGCAAGAACAAACAGCAGCAUCAUCAUCAGCAGCAGCAGCAGAAACAACAACAAUCACUGAGCUACCGUUGCAUUAUCGCGGUCUAAACAACUCGGUGAUAAUAGCCAACUAUCAGCAUCAGCAGCAGCAACAACAGCAAGAGCAACAGCAAUUGCAACAAGUAGAGCAGCAGCAGCAAAUAUAUGAGCAGCAUCAAUUUCUACAACAUCAAAUCCUAACCCAGCAGCAGCAGCAACAGGAACAGCAACAGCAACAGCAACAACAACAGCACGCCGGCUGGUUGGCCUACAACAAUUGUGCUUACGAUUUGACCAGCAGCAGCGCGGCAACAGCAGCAGCAGCAGCCAACGCUGUUGCAAUCCAAAACAGUCAGCAACAACAACAGCAGCAGGAGAAGAGCGAAUUGUAUGCACUGACAGCAACAGCACCGCAUUUGCUGCACUUUCCUUACCAUCCGCAUCCGCAUCCACAUUCGCAUUCGCAUCUCUACGAGCAGCCGAUAAGCGGCAGCAACAGCACGGAUCCCAUAAUGCGCAACAACUUUGCGCUUUACAGCGUUUAUGGCGGCGGGGGCGGUAGCGGUGGCGGUAUUGGUGGCGCCCUUUCGCCCAGCACACACGAACAACAGCUGCAGCAACAUGUGGUUGCUGUGGCCACAGCAGCGGCAGCCAACUCUGUGAUUGCACACACCACACACAGCACGCCCAACAUCGAUGAGGUCAUUCAGGAUACGCUGAAGGACGAAUGCUUCGACGAUAAUCACACUUCCAGCUAUCAUAUGCUGACUUCCGUGUCCGAUCUGCAAGUGUUGAAGGAGGCAAAUGCUGCUAUGUAUUCGAUGACACACGACCAGCUGUUGCAACAGCAGCAGCAGCAACAAAAUCUGCAUCACCAUCAACUGCCCCAGCACCAACAUCAGCAGCACCAACAACAACUGCAGCAGCAGUCGCUGCAUCAUCAUCAUCAUCACAACAAUUCGGCCAGUUCGGUGGGUGGCGAUUCACCGUCGCCAUCGCACACAUUGUCUGCCCAUGCCAGCGAUGUGGCAACGUUGCACAGUUUCACCCAAUUGACAAGUGCCCCACCCAGCAGCGGUCUACACAGGGACAGCUAUGGCAGCCUGUCGCCGGAGCACGGCAGCUUCUUUAGCACACAGCUCAGCCCCGUGCUGCAGAGCAGCUCUGUCUAUGCAGGUCCUCUGCUUGCCUCCGCCGCCAAUGGCAUGCAAUAUGGCAUGCAGACAGUGGCCUCACCCACUCACAUGCAACAGCAACAUCACCAGCACCAGCAGCAACAGCAACUGCAGCAACAUCAUCAGCAUCACAACUCCACCAGCAAUAGUCCAGGUCCUGUAGGUCUACUCCACACCAGCGGCUCAACAGCAACUGGAGCCACCGGGCACAGUUCGCUGCUGGACGAUGGCUAUGGCUCGCCCAAGAGCAGCCACAGUGGCCACGGCGGUGGCGGUGGCGGUGGCGGUGGUGGCACCUUGCCCGCCUUUCAGCGCAUUGCACCCGCCAGCGGAGGUGCUGGAUAUGGCAGUGGCGUGGCCAAUGGAUCUGGCGGCAGCGCUGAACGUGCUGGCUACGCAUCGCUGGCCAAUUACCGCGCACACAGCGAUGCUUGGCCAGGUCAUUAUGAGCCAAUUAGCUACGCGCCCAGUGGCAACAGUCAGGCUCAGUUGGGCGGCGGCGGAGGCGCUGCAGUGACCAAUGUGAUACGCAAUGGACGCGCUGUGGCAGCUGCUGCCGCUGCAGCGGUUGUCGAUGGUGUUGCCAACGCUGGCGUUGAUCCUGCACGCUUCUUGGCCGCCAAUGCCGCACAUCUCUCCGCCUCGGCGUCAUUAACAGCAAUGGCCGCUGAAUCAGGCGGGGAUUUCUAUAAGAGCUACCCAUUUAAUGUGGCCACAAGUAGCCGCAGUAAGGCAGCAUCUACAAAUGCCAACAGCGCUGCCGGUUCUGGUUCUGGUUCCGGAUCCGGUUCCAGCGCCGGUGCCGGUGUCGGUGCCAUUGUCGGACACGGCUCAACGUCAGCGACAACGACUUCAUCGCCGCUCGACGACCACGAGCACGUUAGCCGCGCCAAUUCGAGACGCUUGAGCGCUUCGAGACGUGCUGGCAUGUCCUGCUCCAAUUGCCAGACCAGCUACACAUCACUGUGGCGUCGGAAUCCAGGCGGAGAGCCCGUCUGCAAUGCCUGUGGCCUGUACUUUAAGCUACACAACGUGGUGCGUCCUUUGACCAUGAAGAAGGACACGAUACAGAAACGCAAACGCAAGCCGAAGGGCACCAAGAGCGAGAAGUCGAAAAAGAUGCGCUCCUCACAGGCUGCAUUGAUGAGCAGCAAUGCCAGUGCUUGCCACAGUGUGGCAAUGCAACUGGAAGGUCAUGGGCAGCAACAAAUGGAUGUCAAUGAUGAAAUGAAACCACUUACAUACAUGUCAUAUGCAUCGCAGCAACAGCUCCAGCAGCAACAGCUAAGCAUUGAGCAACAUUCAUCAGCGGCCAGCUCACCACAAAGCAUGGCAUCCUCCUCAUUAUCACCCAAUGCAACAUCCCAACAACAGCAGCAACAGCUCUGUGCUGGCCUGGACAUGUCGCCCACAUCCUCCUACCAAAUGUCGCCCAUUAACAUGCAAUUGCAGCAGCAGCAGCAACAGCAACCAUGCAGCAUGCAACACUCACCUAACACACCAGCAUCUGCCAUGUCCCAAUCCAUGUACUCGACGCCAUCGCCCACGCAGCUUCACAAUAAUAACAACAACACAUUGUUUAAUCAUAACAACAACAACAACAACAACAACAGCAGCAAUAAAAAUAACAAACAAAUUAUUCAGAAAUAUCUGCAAGCUCAGCAAUUGAGCAGCAACAGCAGCAGCAACAGCAACAACAACAACAGCAGCAGCAACAGCGACCAACAAUUAUUGGCACAGCAGCAACUUAUGCAACACCUGAUGCCGAACUCAAUUACGGCAGCAGCAGCAGCUGCAGCAGCAGCGGCGGCUGCGGCGGCGGCGAUCAACACAGCGAUCAAAUCGGAGGCAACCACCAACAGCAGCAGCAACAACAGCAGCAGCAGCACCACCAGCAAGCAAUUGGCUGCCAUCACAACAACAACAACACAGACAACGGCAUCGAACACACUAUCCUCACUGAGUCUCAGCAGCAACAACAGCAGCAGCAACAUUAUCAGUCUGCAAAAUCCAUAUCAACAGCAGGCGCUUGGUCAGACGGAGAUGCCCUUGUGUAAGUCGGCGCUGAGUGGUCGCUCCUCGUCGCCCUACUAUCUGAAUCAUCUGACCGAUGAGGAGCAACCGAGCAUCAUCAAAAUGGAGCAAUUGGAGCACCAUCAACAGCAGCACCAGCAACAGCUACAACAUCAGCAACAGCAACAUGAUGACAUGCUGCUAAGCCGUGCAACAUCGAUCGAUGAGCACUACGAACUAGAAGCCUAUCAUCGCCAGCAGCAACAGCAGCAGCAACAGCAACAGUUUGCCAACUAUGCGUUGCAUGCUGUGGCACAGCAGCAACUAAACGAAUUUGGACGCAAACAUGGCGUUGAGCGCGAGACUGUCGUUAAAAUGGAGUAAUUAUGAAUUCAAAUUGAUGAAUUUGUUAACAGAAUCAUAUUGUUAUGACCAAAGAUAUUGUUGUUACAUAAAAUCUCACACUGCUCCAAAGAAACUUGAAUCCAUUCUUAGGCUAAGCAUAUCAAUUGCGUAAACAAUUCAAACUUGCAACAGCUCCAAAUAACACACACUCGUUUUGUAUAUACAUUUCAGCAAUUUGAAUUGACAUUUCAAUUAAGCCCAACUACUCGAGUUUUUGUUAUUUAAAAUUUAGUUUAAUUUUUAGCGAAAUGUCAGCAACCAAAACGAAAAAAACAACAAAAAAAUAGCACUAUGGGGUUGAUUAAAUUGUUUAGUCCAAUAUUUUAUACCAUUUGUUGUAAUUUUAAUAUACGAAUAACACUUGAGAUUUCCAAACAUAAAAAUCCAAUUAGAAUUUUAAGUACUAUAAUAUUCGUUCAAUAAUGACACUAUCAAAAGACAAAUCAAAAUAAUCUCAUGCAAUUUUAGUUAAUAAUUUAUCUAUUUUUUAUAUAUAUUCAUAUUUUUAAAGUCAAAUUAAGUUUUAGUUUCGUACAAUUUUUACUCCAUUUUGUAAUAUUAAUAU